AUCUUCUGUCCUUCUCUAUUACGUGGUAUAAAACCUGCAUCUCGCCGUACAUCUGUAGUCUGUGCUUGCCCAAGUAGGAUACCACCACAAGAUGCAGCUUUCGAGGUUUGUUAGCUUGACCGUAGUUGUGGUGGUGGCCGCUGUAGCGCUGGUAGCAGCCGCACCUCAGGGAGAAGCGCCCAAAGAGGAAAAGCCAAUGCCAUACGAAUACGAGUACAAAGUGGCUGACAAAGAGACAGAGCUGUACCACGGCAAGGAGGAGAAGGGCCAGGACACAGGAAGAGUGGAGGGCAAGUACUACGUGUGGCUGCCCGACAAGAGACUCAUGACUGUAUCGUACUACGUUGACGGCGAGAGUGGAUUUGUGCCGACCAUCACCUUCGAGGACAACGCCAGUCCACCCUGGUAGCCUGCAGCUGCAGUCCUGCCCUAGCUGACUCUACCGUUCGUGAUACGCGCAACUGCUGUUGUAUAUAGAAAUACUGUAGUGACAAUCUUACAACGUGUAAUGGACACAGACUAUUUAAGUUACAAAUAGUGCCAACAAGCGUCAUGUCUCUGUGCAAUUAAGUUCAAUAAUAUCACCUCUAAUUCUUAAGAGGAUAUAGAUUAUUAUUACUCCCUAAAAUAUGUACAGUUGUAUUUUGCGGACGUGGUUUAGUAACAGAAAUAAAGUUUUCGCCUUUUUUA